AUGAUCUCGUUCCCCAGCUAUCUGAAGAUGGACCCCUCAGUGAACGGACUGACGGACAAGAGCGGCCAGGUUGUCCAGACCCAGCCUCAGGGAUCCGUCUUGUCGGCUCACAACAUCACCUACAAGGUCAAAUCUUCCAACUUCUGGUUCGGGAGCAAGGGCGAGAAAGAAAUUCUCUCUGACGUCACAGCUGUGUUCAAGCAAGGAAUGACUGCUGUUAUGGGUCCUACCGGCUCUGGAAAGUCCACGUUACUGGACAUUCUGGCUGGACGCAAAGAUGUCUCUCAGGUGUCCGGUCAAAUGUUGCUGGACGGUCAAGUGUUGCCAGACAACUACAAGUGCAUGGUUGGAUAUGUUGUACAGGAUGAUACAAUCAUGGGCACACUGACUAUCAGAGAGAACUUGCAUUUCUCGGCGGCUCUCAGGCUCCCUCAAACUGUUACCUACAAGGAAAGACAAGAAAAAGUCGACAAAGUCAUUACAGAGUUAGGACUGGACAUGUGUGCGGACACCAGAGUCGGGACAGAGUUUAGUCGUGGAGUCUCGGGUGGCGAGAGGAAGCGAUGCACCAUCGGCAUGGAGUUGAUCAUCUCCCCGGCAGUGCUGCUGCUAGAUGAACCAACCACCGGCCUUGAUGCCGACACGGCCUUCACUGUGCUCGUCUUCUUAAAGAAGUUGUCCAAGAAAGGACGAACCAUCAUCUUCUCCAUCCAUCAGCCCCGCUACUCCAUCUACUCGCUGUUCGAUAGUCUCCUGCUUCUGGUCGCGGGCUCUGUGGUCUACAGCGGCCAGGCUCAUGAAGCCUUGGACUUUUUUGCUGCUCAAG